CAAACUAAAUAAACUUGUACAGUUUAUUUCCAGCUUUAAGCGCAAACAGGGCACUGAUCUUAAAAUGAAUAGAUUAUUGGUAGUAUUCCUUAUUCUUUUCCUAAGCAAGACAUUUGCUGAGCGUCCGGAUUGGUAUCCAGAAAAUGCUGCCGAAAUUGAAGCCGACUGUAAAAAGGAAAAUGGCAUAACCCCUGAAAUUUGGUCACAAAUGCUUUCAUUGGAUUUAGAGGAUACACCAGCUGUAAGAUCCGUUUUGCUUUGCCUUGUCAAAAGGAAAACUGUUUACAGACCUGAAAAUGGUUUCGAGGCAGAAAGAUUACAAGUGGGACUGCAGCAAGUAGCAAAAAGGAAAUGUGAUCUGAACCAUAUUAAGGACUGCGGUGAAAAGUUCUGUGAUUUGGAACCAGAAGAUUUCAAGAUUUUCAGUAUUUUCAAGUGUACUCUCGAUGAUAGGCAUGAGAAGUGCGAAAAAGUUGAAUAAAAGUUCAAACAUUUGUUUGUUUGUUAUUUUUUUUAAUUUAUAAA